AUGUCAGGUGUGACUGAGGAGACUCUUGCUCACGACGAAAAGAGGGGAAGGGAAUCCCAACCUCCACACCAAGGUGGCAAGAGGACACGAGGCUCUAGUAAGGUACGUUCAGAAGACCUUACUAUACUCUCUAUAAAAAUUGAUGCUCUAGAUAAAGCAAUGGAGGAAAUGGUGGGUAGAGUAGCGAAAGUUGAAGGUGAUAUAGGUACGUUGGAAAGCCACACUCUCAAAGAACUUGAUGAGGUAAAGAGUAGUGUGGAUACCUUGCAAAACUCUGAGGAUCAACGGGAGGAUGCCGUAAGGUCCUUAGAGACAAAGGUGAUGGAUGCCAUCACCACGAUGCAACAACAGCUCAACACUCUCAAGACUUCCUUAGAAGAAAGAGGAAGAAGCCCACUAUUGGAUGGAAAUAGUGGAGUAAGGGAAGUCAAGUUAGAUCUUCCCAAACCCAAGGAAUUCAAGGGGGUACGAGACGCCAAGGAAGUUGAGAACUUCUUAUGGCAAAUGGAACGUUAUGCUGACACCUUAGGGAUGAUUGAUGAUCAAACCAAGGUACGUAUCGCAGCCUAUUUCCUUACAGACAAUGCCAUGCUAUGGUGGCGAAGGAAGCAUGCAGACAUGGACAAAGGGCUUUGCACAAUCAAUACUUGGGAGGACUUUAAGAAAGAGCUGAAGAGGCAAUUCUAUCUAAAGAAUGUGGUCUACGAGGCACGAAAGAAAUUGAGGGAUCUCAAACAUAAGACCACUAUCUCUAACUAUAGGCGUGACGUGAAGACCGUUGAUGAGGCAAUUACAAUAGCCGAAAGUCUCACAGAGUACCAUAAGGAAAAAGGUGAGCCCUCUAAACCCAAGUCUUCCAAACCUAAUUUUGGAAAAGGUGGGGGAGACAAGGGUAGGGGGACAUCCAAAGGGGGUGAUAGCAGGUUCCUACAGAAGAAACAACCUGAAGGACAAAAGAAGACCUUCAAGGAACAGACGGGAUGCUUUGUGUGCAAAGGCCCUCAUCGAAUGAGAGAAUGUCCGAAGCUAGGUAUGUUGGCAGCCAUAAUGGAGAAGGCUGAAGAAGAAGAGCCUGAAGCGGAGAUGGUAUCUCUACGACUCCUCAAUGCUUUAAAGGUCAAACCCUUGCUAAAGAAUCCUAAAGGUAAGGGCUUGAUGUAUGUAGACGGGAAGUUGAAUGGAUCACCUGUCACCAUAAUGUGUGACACUGGAGCUGCCCAUAAUUUUAUCACUCCAGAAGAGGCCAAGAGAAUAGGCCUCAAGGUGGUGCAGGAGGGAGGAAGUUUGAAGGCAGUUAACUCACCUCCUAAGCAACUAUGUGGCAUAGCACAAGGAGUUAAACUAUGUUUGGGGAGCUGGAGUGGUAAGAUAGACUUCUCCGUAGCUCCUAUGGAUGACUUCAAGGUCGUGCUGGGACUUAAGUUCUUCAGACAGGUAAACGCUUACCCCAUGCCCUAUUAUAAUUUACUUUGUAUACUCGAGAAGGAAAACCCUUGCUUUGUGACUACAAGAAGGGUGAGCGGUGGACACCAACUCUCGGCCUUGCAAGUCAAAAAGGGAAUAAAGAAGGGAGAGGCUACGUACUUGGCAACACUAAAGGAGAUUGACCCUGGGAACAAGAUUAAGGAAGAAGUCCCUCCCAUAGUUACCCAUGUUCUGGUAGAGAACCAAGACAUUAUGCCUGCUGAGUUGCCCAAGAAGCUUCCACCACGUAGAGAGGUUGAUCAUGAGAUCGAGCUGGAACCAGGAACUCGGCCACCAGCCAUGGCGCCAUAUCAUAUGGCACCACCUGAGUUGGAGGAAUUGAGAAAGCAACUAAAGGAGUUGAUCAACGCAGGUUUCAUCCGACCAUCAAAAGCACCUUUUGGGGCACCGGUCUUAUUCCAAAAGAAGCAGGAUGGGUCCUUGCGCCUAUGCAUCGACUACCGGGCUCUCAACAAGGUAACUAUUAAAAACAAAUAUCCUAUUCCUUUGAUAGCUGACUUGUUUGAUCGCCUGGGAAAGGCAAAGUACUUCUCCAAAUUGCAUCUAAGGUCUGGGUAUCAUCAAGUUCGAAUUGCUGAAGGAGAUGAACCCAAGACCACCUGUGUGACACGAUAUGGGUCCUUCGAGUGGUUAGUCAUGCCUUUUGGACUAACCAAUGCACCAGCCACAUUUUGCACUUUGAUGAAUAAGAUCUUUGAUCCUUAUCUCGAUCGGUUCGUGGUGGUGUACUUAGACGACAUUGUUGUCUAUAGCAACACACUGGAGGAACAUGUUGAACACCUCCAGAUUGUGUUCAAGACCCUUCGUGAAAAUGAGCUUUAUGUGAAGAAGGAAAAGUGCUCUUUUGCUAUGGAGGAAGUCUCUUUCUUGGGACAUGUCAUCUCACAUGGCUGCCUCAAGAUGGAUGAGAAAAAGGUACAAGCUAUAAAGGAAUGGGAGCCUCCAACAUCUGUGGCUGAGCUGCGAUCCUUCCUGGUAUUAGUAAACUAUUAUCGACGAUUCAUCAAAUGCUACUCGGCAAGAGCUGCCCCUCUCACAGAGUUGUUGAAGAAGAACAAAUGUUGGACUUGGAUGGAAGAGUGCCAACGAGCCUUUGAGGACUUGAAGGCGGCAGUCAUGGAAGAACCGGUGUUGAUACUUCCUGACUUCUCCAAAACCUUUGAGGUACAUACUGAUGCCUCUAACUUUGCUAUAGGAGGUGUCCUAAUGCAAGAGAGGCAUCCUAUUGCCUUUGAAAGUUGCAAGCUAAAUGAUACCGAGAAGCGGUACAUGGUCCAAGAAAAGGAGAUGACGGCCAUAACUCAGAAGAAGUUGACGCCAAAGCAAGCAAGAUGGCAAGACUUCUUGGCUGAGUUUGACUAUGUGUUAGAGUAUAAGACAGGAGCAGCUAAUGUUGUUGCUGAUGCUCUAAGUAAAAAAGCAGAACUAGCAACCUUAACCCAAGUCAGUGGGGACUUGGUCGAAAAGGUUAAGGAAGGAAUGGCUCAGGAUCCCAUAGCCCUACAGCUAAUGGAACUAGCAAAAGAGGGGAAGACUAAGAGAUUCUGGGUGGACGAUGACAUCCUUUACACUCUAGGAAGGCACAUGUAUGUCCCUAAAUGGGCAAACCUAAGGAAGGAGCUGAUCAAAGAGUGUCACGACUCUAAAUGGGCAGGUCACCCAGGUCAGAGGCGAACUUUGGCUUUGUUAGAAGCAGCCUAUUAUUGGCCUCACAUGAGGGAGGAUGUGGAACUUUAUAUGAAGACUUGUCUUGUAUGCCAACAAGACAAGGUAGACAACCAAUUGCCUGGAGGACUGCUCGAACCCUUACCUACACCGAGCCAACCAUAG